UCAAACUCCAGUGACACCUCUCGGACAGAUCGGAUCCGGGGAGGCUCACUGUGGCUCACGGUCCCAAUCAUAAUUUUUUUCGGUUUGAAUAAGUUUUAAAAGUGCUUUUUCGUGCUUGCCGGCAUCGAGUUGGUUUGUUGUUUUUUUUACACUUCUUUACAUUCGAACCACUGAACGAGUGGGAGGAAAAUUCCCUCGUUGUUUCCCUCUCCGCCACACGACCACCCCAGUGUGGUUGGCGCUGUUAGCGCAGUGGGGAAAGUGACGCCGCUCGGCAUAACGGUGUUCUAUAAGUACCGUCUGCACGCCGGUGUGGAAGGUUAUUUUACAGACAUCAGCUGGCAAGGUCGGAUCGUAUCGAAAAAUAAAGCGGUGGAAAAGUGCAAGUGAAGUUGUUUAAUCGUUUCGAUUUGAGUUUGUGAGAUUUUGUGAGCCACUUGUGAUACAUAAACCACUUGGUGCGUAGCGAGUUCCCUGUCCGAGAAACCGAGAGAGCGGGAAGAAAGUGUUAUUAACAGUGUGAAAGUGAUCAGUUGGUGAAAUUUUACCAAAACCAAAACCCCCAGCCUUCUUACAACAUGAAGUUGCUUAUUGUGAUCGCAACCUGUCUGCUGGGAGCGACGCUGCUCGCUGCCUCCCCGCUCAAGCAGAGCAAACCGCGCGCCCUCGUGACGAGCCGGGCCGAUGUGGUCGCGCCGCAGGAAACGAAGGACAAGCCGCAGUACAUGAUCCGCGUGAUGCCCAAGGACGAGGAGCUGGAGGAGUUAUCGAAAUUGGUCGAUUUUUUCGCGCAUGGGGAGACCGGCUCGCCCAGCGCAUCAACCGGCUCUCCCCACACGACCUCCUACGGUUCCUAUAGCCCAUCGCGGGACGACCUGACCGAGCCGCUGCUGCCACCGCCGGUCGAGCAGAGCGAACCCAACUACUACGCCAUCAAGCCAAAGAAAAGCAAGGGCAAAAAAUACAUCCCGUCCCAGAAGCUCAUCAAUCUGAAGAACCCCGAUACGGCCGAAAAGGACGCCGAGGGGGAGAAGGUGGCCGCCGCCGGUAAGGCAGCGAGAAGCGAGGAGGAUACCUUCUUCCUGGACGCGAUCGAUCUGGACAAGCUGCUGGCCAGUGCGCUGCUCGGCGAGCAGGAUGCGCAGUCGGAGGCGUCCGCCCGUUCGCUGUUGCCGCUGCGGCUGGAGGAGCUGAACCGGGGCGAGUUUGUGCCGAGCCGGAACCGCCGGGUGGACCAGUAUACGCGCCGCGUCGCCGGCGAGGACGAAGGUGCUAGAAUCGAUUUUCAAAUGCAUGGCCACCAUGGGCCGAACAGCUACAAGUUUGGCUAUGACACGGGUGAAGGGAAGAAUCGUCAGUUCCACGUAGAGGAGCGCGAUAGUAAGGGCAACGUGCGGGGUCGCUACGGUUACUACAUGCGUUCGGGCAAGUUCCGUAUCGUCAACUACAGCUCCUCGCCGGAGACGGGCUUCCGGAUAGAGCCGUAGAGGACACCCUGCAAAGAACAAACAUCAUCAUUAGUUACCUGUUUUAUGUGUUUUAUUUAUUAUUUACGUACGUUACCAGUAUGAUCUUGCAGCCUUCUUCUCGUCACACAUCGGUUCUAAUAGCCAUCCGUCCGUUUCACACAUGGUCAACCUCCACAAACAAAUGCAAAACUGAGAAGAGGAAAGCCAAAUAAAAUUAGUUUGAAUAAUUAAAA